AUGGCGACUCGAGGAUUACCCGAUCCAAGGAAAAGAACUAUGACAGCCAAGGGCUUGGAAUACGAGCUCGACAACAAACGGAAAUUAACCAGGAAGAAAGACAAGGAUUUUAUUAAUCAGAUAAGUACACUUGAAAGCUUCAAAAAUGUAAACGARUCAAGGAAAAUACUCGCACAUCUCACGAGUGAACUAGAAGUAAUAAUCGAAGCCUACAGUGAAAUAGCUAUAUUGUGUAAUGACCCCAUCGAAGCCAAUGACAUUGAAGAAAGAAAGAAAUAUCUACGGUAUAUUUGGCAAACGGCUCAUGACAAGGCUCGUGUGAACACAACUGGAAUCAAACAUGCUCAAAGUGAUAUCAUGUCUAGACAUUCAAAAUCAAGCUCGUCAUCAAUAAAUAAAUCUCUCUUAGACAUUAAAGCAAAAAGAGCUGCAUUACAAGAGAAAUCGAAAUAUGUCUCGGCGAUUGCAGAACAUAAAGCAAAACUACAACAAUUAGAAAUCCGACAGGAACUUGAGGAAAUGAGAGCAACAGAAGAAGUUUACCAAAACGCAUUGAUGGAAGAAGGCGAUCUCGAAGUGAGAUUAGGACCCUUUGCACCAAUAGAUGAACAUUACAUCAUGUCUACAUUCAUGCAGCAUGACUUUGAUAACCAAGAACAACCUACUAGCACACCAAUUACCACAGGGAUCCCAACAGUAUUAUCUACUCCAACGUCAUCUCGUCCACCUAUUAAACCAAGAACAAUAAUAACACCACAACCAAAACCACGCAGCACAGGCAGCCCAGCAAAACCAGAAAUCUUUAAAGGAGAAGAAGGAGACAAGACUAGAUACUUUCUAUGGGAGAACUCCUUUGAUGCCUUAGUGGACUGUGUUUCUAUGUCAUCACAACAAAAACUCCAUUUGCUAUACCAGCACAUCGAUGGAAAAGCUAAAAAGGUUGUUGAGCAACUACAAUACAUGGUCGACCGCCCUGAAACCGCUUAUCAGUCUGCUAGGAAGAUUCUGAAAGAACGAUUCGGAAACACGGCUGUUAUUGGAACUGAAUUCGAAAGAAAACUGAAAGCAUGGCCAAAGAUUGGUUCGUACGACGCAUCAGCACUAGAGGAGUUCGGUGACUUUCUUUACCAAGUUGAAAUUGCAAGCGAGCACAUUGAAAGUCUCAAGGUUUUCAACUACUCAUCUCAAAUGUUGCCACUCAUAGACAAGCUACCUUCAUGGUUCAAGUCAAAAUGGUCUGAAAGGGUACUGAGAUUACAGAAAGAGAAAGGAAGAGACUCGUAUCCAUCUUUCAAGGAAUUUGUCACUGAGGUACGACAUCACGCUCAACGAAUGAACAUACCUCAACUCUCGCACAAUUCAGAAGUUACAAAGGACACUAGAAGAACAUUUCUACCGCUAAGACCUCAAAGUCGCACACGAAGACCACCAGCUCAACAUGCGUCUUUUGCAACAUUUGCAUCAAGCUCAGAACAAAGGCCUCAACCUUCACAGACACCACCCCAAAAGGGACCAGAUCCAACUACGAGCAACCAACAACGAAAGUAUUGUUUCUACCAUAAUCUGAGUAGUCAUUCGACACACGAAUGUGAACACUUAGCAAAGCUAAGCUUCGAAGAAAAGAAACAAUUAUUAAGAUCAAGAAAUGUGUGUUUCAACUGUCUGAUGUCUGAUAAGCACGUGGCAAGACAAUGUAAACAACCAAAGUCUGAAUGUAAAGUUUGCAAUGGAAAGCACGCUACGAUGCUCCAUGAUCCUUCAAGGCACGCAGAGAAGAACGAAACAUCUACCACUUCAUUCUGUUCCCAAGUUUGCGGUGAGAACCAUCCAAUCAAAUCGUGCGCAAGGAUAGUUCUUCUUCAAGUUUUCCAUCAAGAUCAUCCUGAACAACGAGUUCCGACAUAUGCAUUACUAGAUGACCAAUCUACUGACGUUUUUGUUACAAACACUCUGUUGGACCAGCUAAAGGUCGAACCAAAGAACGUUACUAUUAAAAUCGACACCAUUGUCGGCACGAAUAGCGUUAGAUCAAAGAAAGUUAACGGUCUGAGGAUACAAGACGUCGAUGGUCUACAAAAGCCAAUCAGGAUUCAACUCGCUUACUCCCGCAACCGUAUUCCAGCCGAUAAAUGUAACAUCGCAACACCCAAUGUUGCAAAACAUUGGAAACACUUGAACUGUAUCUCUAAUCAACUGAGAUAUUCUUCUGACGUAGAGAUCGGAAUGCUAAUAGGAAGGAACAUCCCAACUGCCUUUCAGCCCUUGGAAAUUAUCUAUGGCAAUGAAAACGAGCCAUGGGCUGAAAGAUACAAAUUUGGCUGGACGAUCAUUGGUCCAGUCUGUCGAGACAACAACGAAGAAGACAAAGUGACGGUCAACAGUAUCAAUGUAAUGACAGCAACAGACACCAACACCGAUACUACAGACGCUGAAGGAUUUCCAGUCACACCACGAGGUCGAAGCAAGGAUGUAACCAGUCCACAGCAGAUUCAAGAUAUGAUGCAACUAGACUACAGCGAACUACACUACAGCCGCUCCACAAAGGACUCCGAGUUUACAGAAUCUAUAGAAGAUCGACGKUUCAACCGCCUACUCGAAGAAGGUAUUYAUGUCAACCAAAAGGGAAACUGGGAAAUGCCUCUACCAUUCAAGACCGAUGACGUCACUAUGCCGAACAACAGAGCUCAGUGUAUCAAACGCCUCUUAUCGCUCAAGUCAAAGCUUCUCAGAAAAGAUCAAGUACGCAAAGACUAYUUUGAAUUCAUUCAGAAGAUCCUAGACAAAUGUCAUGCAAGUCGUGUGCCAACAGAAGAACUAAAGACCCCUCCUGGUAAAGUUUGGUACCUUCCACAUUUCSAAGUCUAUCACCMAAAGAAGCCACAGCAAAUAAGAGUCGUCUUUGAUUGUAGCGCCAUCUUCGAGAGCAACUCUUUGAAUCAAAAUCUUCUCCAGGGACCUGAUCAACUCAACAACCUCAUUGGUGUUCUAACUCGCUUCAGGAAAGAACAGACGGCUGUGAUCUGCGAUAUAGAACAAAUGYUCCACAGCUUUUACGUUAAUACGGAACACAGAGACUAUCUUCGAUUCUUAUGGUAUGAAGACAACAAUCUAGAUGGCCCAAUUGUGGAGUACAGGAUGAAUGUGCACCUAUUCGGUGCCACCUCAUCACCGGGAGUAGCUARCUUUGGUCUCAGAAAGACGGCUCAAGUCAACGCUGAUGAGUACGGCGAUCAAGCUACAAMCUUUCUACAAAAGGAGUUCUACGUUGAUGACGGUCUUAAGUCCUUCCCCACUUCAGAAGAAGCGAUCAAAACUAUCAAAGAUGCUCAAGCAAUAUGUGCAUCAAGAAAUCUCCGCUUGCACAAGUUUGCCAGUAAUGACAAGACUGUCCUAGAGAAUUAA